AUGUCACACAAGCAACCUGGCAUGCCGACAGAUGGCGCCAAUCAUCAUCUUCCAAACGAGCUAUGGCAGAACAUCUUCGGCUUCCUAGACCUACUUGACCUUCUUCGCUCCCUCAGAGUGUGCAAAGAGUGGCGUGACAACAUUCGUAGCACUGAUCCAGUGCUCCGCGACAAGAUGUUCAAGGAUCGGGUAGUGCCGCCUCAAGAUGAGACUAGAAGUGGAGAGAAAGCGAAUGACAAGAAAGAGAACAUGAAGCAUAACAAAGGAGCGGAUGAUGAUGACAAGCAAAAGAGCGACAGCGACAAGAAUCUGAGCAAUACCACUGACAAUACAGAGGAAAAUGUACCCACCGUCACAGUCAAUCUACGUGCAGCUGCCGACCUGCUCUGCGUUCCCGGCUCCUUUCCAGAGGCCAUGAUCAGGUUCGAAGUCGAUUUCAACACAGACUACGGUUGUGGUUUUGCCCCUGAUGAUAGUAAUCAACUAUCCAACUUUCCUUCCGGCACGAACUUCCAUUUGAUUCUUCUGAAUCUGGAUGAGCGUCUGCCUCUCGUCGACAAAGUGUUUCAGGCAACCGGUGGAGUGCCACAUAAAAACUUUGGUUUCGAUUCAUUCGAUUCUCUGGAUGGCGUGUUAGAGCGGAUGCGGAAACAUUCGCGUAGCAGAAACGAUGGCUCGUGGAAAGACAUGCUGUUGUGUGAGCCAGCUCAGCCGCGCAUCAACGUGGUCUUCGACUAUACUACCGAUAGAACCGAUUCAGGCAUACUAAAUGGUAGCGCAGUCCCAGGCGCCCCUCCCGAAAUCCCACGAAAAGAUGCUGAUUCAGAUGACGACAAAGAUGACAGUAAGAACGAGGAGAAGGAUGAAAACAUGGCCGACGAGAGUACCGACAGCGACGAUGAUGACAGUGACAUUGCCACAAUCACCGUGACUCUGAGAACGAGUAUCGAGCUGAAAGGCCUCCCCAACUCUUUCCCGCGGGCCGUGAUAGUUCUGGAAGUCGACUUCAACGAAGCGUCCACGAACCCCGAACCUAUCUUCGAAUUUACUCGCGAUAACUUCUUCCACGACAUUAUUGACAACAUGGAGCAGUGCAUGCACCACGUCGACGAACGCUUAUUCGACAGAGCAAAGAUACGAAACUCCGGUAAGCCACGACCCUGGUUCGAAUUCGAAUCUUUCCAACAUCUGCAAGAGUUGUUGGAAGUCAGCAAGAACAAUCCUUUACCCAAGGAGAGUGAUUGGAUGGAACAGCUGUUGUGUACGCCAGGUCUCCAACGCAUCGACCUCGUGUUCGCAUAUAGGGGUUACCAUAACACCGUCCGUACGUAUAAGCUCUUUGCGGAAAACAGAAAUGGCGUUACUGUAGGUCAAUUUGUGAAGGCUUUUCGCGAUCAGCUGCAGCAUGCGGAAGCAGACAUACGCAAGUUUUCUGAUAAGCUGACUCUCAUCUGUAAUAAGUGUUUCGACGACGCUAUCAACGACGACUGA